GAUGCACUGCCAUUAUUAGCCAUAAUAGCCAGUGGAUACAUUUGCCUUAUCAUGAUCCUAGCCGCAGAUCCGGCUUGCUCAGCAUUCGAGCUCUCCCGGGCACAGUAUAUAACCAGCCUUUCGCUGGCAGUUAGCGAUAGCACAAGAUUAAAGGAAUGUCUCUGCCACCCUUUAGUCACGAUGUCAAUACCCAGUACACAGAGUCUCCCAAUGCCUCCUGGUCAUUCGGCCAAAAAGUAGACACGACAGCAGCAGGAAAGGAAUGGUUAGAGGGAGAGAAAGAGGGCUGGAAGAUCAUCGAUACCGAAAAGGAGGACCACAUAAAGCUCUAUCAGCUCAUGAUAAGCGGUAUCGUACCCCGACCUAUCGCGUUCAUCGCCACCAUUUCAGAGGAUGGCAUAGAGAACCUCGCGCCCUUUAGUUGGUUCAACAUGGUAACGCACAACCCUCCAAUUAUAUCGUUCGCAUGUAGCAACGGACCCGUUCACUUCAAAGACACAAGGACCAAUGUCACAAACGGCCUCGGAUUCACUGUCAACAUCAUCAGCGAGCCAUUUAUAGAGCAAGCAAACAGCACCUCCAUAGAUGCUCCACCAAGCUUCGACGAGUGGUCAAUCAGUGGGUUGACGAAAGAGCCUGCGAUUCAUGUCAAAGCGUCGCGCGUGAAAGAGAGUGCUUUCAGCAUGGAAUGUGAGCUUCACCAAGCCAUAGAUAUUACACAACCUACGACCGGUGCAAUCACCACCACACUCAUCCUCGCCCGAGUGAAGUAUAUCCACGUCCGCAAAGACAUGCUUAAUGAACGCGGUAACGUCGACGCCACGAAAUUCAAAGCCGUUGGCAGACUGGGAGAUAUCUCGUAUGCCAGAGUGGGUGACGCCUUCCGUCUGCCCAGGCCCAUCUGGACACAAGAGGAGGACAAGAUCAACGGACUCUUGGCUGCUACUGGGCACCUUUGAUCAGCCCCAAGCUCAGAGCUCCAUUUCGUGUUCUCCUCUCCCGUAUGUAGAUGUACAAUAAGUGUAUGUACUGUAGAAUGUAAGAAAUCCUGCUUGAAAAUCUAAAUGUAUGUUGUUCUUACCGAA